AUGGCCAAUUUCGAAUCAUUCUACAAGGAGGUAUGUUCAUUGAAAAGUUUCGAAUUUUACAAAAAUAUUUUCAGCUGAAAGAACAAGAAUCGGAGGAUUCAGUGCUGACCUCUGCCCAACAGAUUGACCGAUUGCUGAAGCCUGGAUCUACUUAUUUGAAUUUGAACCCGUUUGAGGUUGGUUUUGACGGGAAACAAAACAUGGUUUUUGAGUUAUUUCAUGCAUUUUUGAGGAGUAUAUGACUUCUUUGAAAAUUUUUUUGAAGUGUAAAUUUGAAUUCUCAACGAUUUUUGAAAAGAUAACGAUUUUUUUGUUUGUUUCAAGUUUUCAACGAAACUGAAUCGUUCGGUUUUCAAAAAAAUUUUUUUAAGCUUUCAUUGAAACUGUAAAACUGAAUUUGGAAGAAAGAAUGGAUUAAAAAAUUUUUUUCCCUGCUGGGAAAAUUCGGUUAAAAAAAAAGGUUUUCAAUAAAUUUGAGCUUUUUCAACUCUUUAUGUUUUCUAUAGGAAAAUAUGGUCUUUCAGGACUUUUUUAGGAUUAAAUCUAAUUUUAAAUGUGUUCGCUCCAUUUUUUCGAUUUAUUUCAGAAAGAAAAAAUGAAAUUUAACCACUGUUUUUCAAAGAAAAUUGUGAUUUUGCGCCGAUUUCGAAAAAUUUUCGAGAGAAUUUCGAUUUUUUUAUAGCCUUAUUGAAGUAGGUUUUAAAGAAAGAAACGUAAACAGAAGAAAAUCUUCAUUAUUGAACAAAUCUAAAUCUUUUUCGAGGAUGUUUUUUUGGAAACAAUUGACCUAUUUUUAUUUUAAAAAAAAUUUAAAAGUGUGUUUUUCAGGUGCUUCAAAUCGAUCCGGACACGGAUAUCGAGGCGGCCAAGAAAAAGUACAAGAAAUUGUCGCUUUUGGUGCAUCCUGACAAGAAUCCCGAUGACCGGGAAAGAGCCGACAAGGCUUUCGACAGUGGGUUUCAGCUUUUUUUAAUGGUUUUUGAUGGCUCUGAGUAGGAAAGACGCUUGAAAAGGUUUCGAAACUGAGAUUUUUCAUGAAUUUCUGAAGUUUAGCGGUUCUAAAUCUGUUCUCGAGCAAAGUCGGAAUGCGGAAUAAUGGUCGCUAAAAGAGAGGCCGAAAAAAGGCUGCAGAAAGACGGAAAAAAUAGUCCCUUUAUCUAGUCUUUGAUUUUUCUGCGAUUUUAAAGACUCAAGAAAUGGUGGAAAAGGGAGUUUUGAUUGAAGUGAUUUUGCAGUCGUCAAAAAGGCGGUCCGUCAAAUGGAAGAGCCGAUCGAACUGAACAGGUGCAAGGAUUGUUACACCGAAGCCAAGGCGCGAUUGGCUAUCGUGGUGAGAAAUGGGGAUGUUCAAAAUCAGUAAUGAAAUGGGAAAUUGAGGGGGAAAAAUGGUGGAAGCCUUGAUAUUGAUGGAAAUUUCGAGAAAAACGCAGGUAAAACGAAAAAAUUCCUGAAGAAGUGCGAUAGUGGAGUAAGAAAGUUCUGUUAAGGACCUUUAAUGGCUUUUUUUUCCUUAUGAAAAAAUCUUUUGAGAAUUGCUGUUUUGCCCAAAAAAAAACUUGAACUCUAUAAAGUUUCUCACGAAAUCAAAGUUUGAAUAUUUAUCUCAUCAAAGCUGCUUGAAUAGGCUGCUUCAUUCAUAAAUAUUUUUUCUGUGCUUCAGUCUUCUUCAAAAAGAAACUGAUUAACGGCUUCCUCUGACGAUCGAAAAAAGGGUCCCGACACGAUGAAAAUGAGAGUUUUUUUGGUCUUGAAUAACUAUCGUUAGAACACCCUGUAAGGAAUGAAAAUAACUAUUUUUACCAAAUUUUGAGGUUUCUAUUCAACUGGAAAAUGUGUCUUUGAUGUUUGAGAGCUUUGAAAAAAAGAAAAAGGAGAGAAACAUCUGACUUUUGAAGGAUUUUAAUCCUUAAUAUGAGCAUAAUUUGUACUAAAAGCAGUUUCUCCUUAAGAACCGUUUUUUUGAAGCGUAAAGUCAGCUUUGGCUUUUUUUUAAUUGGUUUUUUAAGAAUUUUUUUGAAGGCUUUUGAUGUCUGAGUAGCAAUGGAAGUUCAUGGACGAAAAUUGGAUUUAAAAAAAGAGUUUUUGAAGAUUUUUAAGAAAUUAUUUACGUGCGAUUUUGCAUUCUUUUCUAACUUUCAGAUGUCUGAAAAGAGGAGAAAGCUGAAAAAAGAAGGAAAAGAGGAGAAAAUCGAAGAAGAUGACCCGGCCGGAUACAAGAAAGCUCUUUGGAUCGCUGUCUCAAAAGUUUCAUAUUUUCUUUUUAUCUCGCGAAAACUUCUUUUCAGGUUUUCGCUGAUCGUGAGAAGAAGAAACGGAUGCUCGAGGAAAGAGCCAAUGAAGAAAAAGUUGGUCGAAUAUAUUUUUAUAUAGAUAUAAAAUUAUUUUUAGACGAAGAGCUUCUGAGGCGGCAGUUCAGUUGGCUGAAAAGAGAAAAUUGGCCGAGGAAUUCGCGAAAAAUUAUGAAGUGAAUAGACUUUCUCUCGAAAUGAAGUACUGAUUUUUCUUUUUAAGGAAUCGAGAGAUGAAAGAUCGGGAAGCUGGCGAAAUUUCCAGGCGAAAAAGGCCAAGAAAGAAGACAAGGGCAAAACUCUCCGAGGAGCCGCUUUCAAACCGCCAAAGACAAAACUUUUCAAAUAA